GCUGAAACUCACAAACUUAGAGCUUGGUUGAAGAGUUAGACGGGGCUUCACGAAGUCUAUCUCUCUCUUUUGCUUGGUCUUCGAUAUUUCUUUUCCCGUUCAUACUUUUUUCGAUAGUCCCAAAAAGGGAGAGAUAAAUAAUCAAGAAAACAGCAAGAAAUGGGUUUACCUCACAAUGUAUGGGCAUUUGCGUUUGGAAUCAUGGGUAACAUCAUAUCAUUUGUCGUGUUUUUGGCCCCAGUGCCAACUUUUGUAAGGAUAUGCAAGAAGAAAUCUACGGAAGGAUUUCAGUCUCUACCCUAUCUUUCAGCACUGUUUAGCGCGUUGCUUUGGAUUUACUAUGCUAUGCAAAAAGAUGGCUCAGGCUUCCUUCUCAUCACCAUAAACGCUGUUGGGUGCUUCAUCGAAACCAUCUACAUCGUCCUCUUCGUAACCUAUGCUAACAAGAAAACUAGAAUUUCCACUUUGAAGGUUCUUGGUCUCUUGAACUUUUUGGGUUUUGCUGCCAUUGUUCUUGUCUGCGAGCUCGUAACCAAAGGAUCGACACGUGAGAAAGUUCUCGGAGGGAUUUGCGUUGGAUUUUCCGUCAUUGUUUUCGCAGCUCCUUUAAGUAUCAUGAGAGUGGUGGUACGAACAAGAAGUGUGGAGUUUAUGCCUUUCUCUCUAUCGUUGUUUCUUACACUUAGCGCCGUCACGUGGCUUUUCUACGGUCUUGCUAUUAAAGACUUCUACGUUGCGCUUCCAAAUGUGUUGGGUGCAUUCUUAGGAGCUGUUCAAAUGAUUCUCUACGUAAUCUUCAAGUACUACAAAACUCCGAUGGCAGAGAAGACAGAGAAAUCCAAAACGGCGUCGGAUCAUUCCAUCGACAUAGGGAAGCUAACUAUGACCGGUCCAAUUUUGGACUCAUCGGUUCAUAUACCACCUGCUAUUCACGAUGUUCCGGAGACUCAAAUUCAAGUGGCCGAGGUCAAGAGCCAGAACAUGACCGGUCCGAAAGAUGCGAACAUCAAGGAUGUCGAGAACCAAAACCAAGAUUAAGUAUAAAAUCUUAUUUAGAGACUUAUUAAUAAUGCAUUGUUUGAGUUGUGCACUCUAGCUAACUUUUUUUUUCUUUAAUAAUCUUUUUUUUUUGUGGUUUUCGUAGUUUUAGUUAGGUCUUGUGUACCUCUUUCUCCCAUCAUUUUCUUUCCAGGUAUCUGGAAAUCGUGCUGUGAUCAAUAAAUAAAUCCUGUUUUAAGAGUUAUAAACCAUAUCUUUUCGCUCUA